AUGCUGAGGCGCGCCCUGUCAGACGCUGACAUCACCGGCCUCGUCAGCAAGGCGCCCGGCGGCCUGGGGCUGACGCUCAUCCUGGUGGCAAGGCAGGAGCCCUUCCGCCAGUGGGCGGCGCACAUGGCCGGGUUUGGGGCGCAGGCGGGUGUUGUUGCUGAGUCGCCGUACUACAAGAUGCUCAUAGGCCGGGCCCUGGGCUACUCGGAGGCCAACAUAUUAUACCACAUUAAGGCAAGAAGCGACGGCUGCGCGACCAACGGGCGGGCGCACCCGACGCCAGAGGUGGUGGCGGCUGUCGAGUCGCAGCUGCGGGAGCUGAGCGCAAAGCCGCCCCGUCUGCCGUGGCGCAGGGCCGGCGGUGGCGCGGGCGCGGCCCAGCAGCGGCGGCGCCGGUGA